CAAUCCUGCAACUGAAUCCAAUCCGUUAUGGGUUGCGGCGUCAUGUUCCUGUAAAGCUUUGACGAGCAAGAUUCUGCCACGUGAUCGAGGGACGCGUUUUUGUGGUAUGAAAGUGCGUUUCGGAGUGAACGCAUUUUCCGUGACUUACAUUAUCUCUAGUGAGAUGAGCAACGCAAGACCGAUCUCCUCUGUAAACAUUAAACCCAGCACUCAAAAAAGGUUACGUGAUGCUGGUUACAAGACAGUUCAAGAUUUAAAGGAGACUACACCAGUGUCAUUGAGUAAAGAAUUGGAUAUAUCAAGUCAAGAAGCGCUCGAUAUACUGCAGCAAGUAAUAAAAGGUGAAAGGGUAUCAUCGGUUUCCGUGACAGAAGUUGCCCAAAGACAAAGAAUAAUGAUAACUACGUUUUGUCAUGGUCUUGACACAUUAAUUGGAGGGAGAGGGAUUGCCUUAGGACAGAUAACCGAAUUCUGCGGUGUUCCCGGUAUUGGUAAAACGCAACUUGGAAUUCAGCUUUCCGUCAAUGUUCAGAUACCUCGAAGCAUGUCUGGUGCCGAAGGCGAGGCAAUUUAUAUUGACACCGAAGGAAGUUUCGUUGUUCAACGCGCUGUCGAAAUAGCCAAUGGAACCAUGGCCGAACUAAGCGAAUCCUCUAACGGAAAGGAUGAAUCACCUUUGAAUCUCGAGACCAUUCUUUCCCGGAUUCAUUAUUUCAGGGCUCACGAUUACAUAGAGUUGCUCGCUCUCAUCAGGAUCAUGGAUCAAUUUUUGAAGGAACACCCAAGGGUUAAAUUAAUCGUCAUAGAUUCCAUCGCAUUCCCUUUUCGACAAAAUUUUAGUGACAUGAUGCUACGAACGCGAUUAUUAAAUAUGAUAGCUCAAGAUUUGGCAAAUAUGGCAGAAUCGUUCGAAAUCGCGGUCGUUCUCAUGAAUCAAAUGACCACCAAAUUCGGUAGUUCCGGUGCCUCGGAUAAGGUGACCUUGGUUCCGGCACUAGGAAUCAAACACAUAAUCCUCGUACUUUCCGGAAAGGGAGGCGUUGGAAAGAGUUCGAUCACCACGCAGCUUGCACUAUGUCUCGUUCAUAGUGGUUUCAAGGUCGGAGUUCUCGACAUUGAUCUCACUGGACCAAGCAUACCGCGAAUGUUAGGGCUUGACGGCAAGCAAGUUCACCAAGCCUCUUCGGGUUGGGUUCCCGUUUUCACAGAUGAACGUCAGAGACUUUGCUGCAUGUCGAUUGGUUUUUUAUUACAAAACAAGGAUGACUCGGUGGUCUGGCGAGGACCCAAAAAGAAUGGUCGGCAAUUUUUGUCCGACGUUUGUUGGGGUGAAUUGGAUUUCCUCAUCAUUGACACACCACCAGGCACUUCAGAUGAACACAUUUCUAUUGCUGAAUAUUUGAGGGACGUCAACCCUGAUGGCGCGGUCAUCGUGACUACUCCACAGGCUGUUGCGUUGGCCGAUGUUCGUAAGGAGCUGAAUUUUUGCAAGAAAGUCAAGAUACCAAUAUUAGGCGUCGUCGAGAACAUGAGCGGAUUUGUGUGCCCUCAUUGUGAGGAAUGUACAAAUUUGUUUUCUACCGGAGGUGGCGAAAGUAUGGCAAAGGAAUUCGACGUGGAAUUUCUCGAGUUCAUUCAUUUGAUCGCCUCACAAGCAAACGAUAUUUGCGAAAAAGAUGCAAAGAAAACAAUUGCUGCGGAACAUGUCAUUAAUGCUCUUGAGGAAUUGGGUUUUGAGAGCUAUUUGUCUGAAGUAAAGGAAGUAUUCCAAGAACAUAAAAAAUUACAGAAGGAUCGUGACAAGAAAAGUUCCAGGUUGGAAAAUUCCGGGAUGUCGGAAGAAGAGUUACUAAGGCAGCAGGAGCUCUUAUUCGAGCAAUCCCGCCUCAAAUACCAAGCACAGCAGCAAUCUUGA